GAGCGGUCUGUGAGAUUAUACUAAAGGAGCAACACCAACCAACCCCACAGUAUAGCACUGCACUGCUGCCAACAGACAUGGGUUGUUAUGAAUGCUGUAUGCGCUGUCUGGGAGGGGUGCCAUACGUCUCUCUGGUGGCCACUCUACUUUGUUUCUCUGGCAUCGCUCUGUUCUGCGGCUGUGGACAUCAGGCCCUUACAGAGAGCGAGAGACUCAUCGAAACCUACUUCACCCGAGACCAUCAGGACUACAUCACCCUAGCGUACCUUAUUGAGUAUUUCCAGUACAUCAUCUAUGGACUGGCCUCCUUCUUUGUUCUGUACUGUAUAGUCCUGUUGGCUGAAGGUUUUUACACCACCAGUGUAGUGCGGCAAACGUUUGGAGAAUUCCGUAGUACCGUUUGUGGCCGCUGUCUCAGCACAACGUUCAUUGUGAUUACAUACUUCCUGGUUGUGGUCUGGUUAUUGGUGUUCUCCCUGUCUUCACUUCCGGUCUACUUUUUCUACAACAUGGCAAACACCUGUCAGACCAUUAACUUCCUGUCUGAGACGGCCUCUAGCAUCAACCAGCUGUGCAUCGAUGCCAGACAGUAUGGUUUACUUCCAUGGAAUGCAGUGCCAGGGAAGGCUUGUGGAAUGGCCCUCUCUAAUGUAUGCAAAACAAGAGAGUUUUUCCUGACCUAUGAUCUCUACAUUGCUGCCUUCGCUGGAGCGGGGAUGACAGUCUUGGCUCUGCUCACAUACACAGUGUCCACCACCUAUAACUUUGCUGUUCUACGGUAUCUGGGGAGGAAAGGCAUCAGUCCACGUUGUUAGCAUCUGCUCUGUCCUGGUGUCCACCACACGUCCUCUACUGCCUAUAACAGCACCAUAUUGGAGCACUUUAGAGUUCCUUAUCUACACCUUUUCCACACAACGCAUUUUCUUGACUCUCUUUUAGAUUUCUUUUGUUUCAAAGCUCCAAAAUAACAAUUGUUUUUGCCUAUUUGUUUUACUCCUGCGGCAUCAUACCCAUUUUUAGAGAAAUAUGCUGCCUUCCAGUCAACCCUGGGAAGGGUUUAUAUGGCUUCAUAUAAAGUUUCACAUUUGGUAGUCAUGAUUGAAUUAAAGUGUGUUUAAGUUAUUUUAAUCAAGAAAAAAAUUCAUAUUUAUUUCAGUCUUUUUUUACUUGCCAACAAACAGUUUUCCAGCUCUAAUGCGGGAAAAAAGAAAGAAAAAUGAAGCGCAAAAAGAUGCAUGUAUUGUGUGUACUUAAUAAUUGAUCUGUGCAAAUGUUCUGUCAUAGCAUGAGAAUGUUUAUCGUUCUCAUGCUGUUACAGAAAAUAAUGGGAAAUGCAGUAAUGUUAGCUUGUUAAACCAGUAAUAUUGUUGGUAAUAUUGGGUAAUAAUAGGUAGUAUUCUGGCAAGCUUUAUCACUAUUUUUCAUCAACAUAACACAAUGCAUUCAAACUAAAUGUACAGUCAGCAUUCAAAACUCUGAAGAAAUCCUGAGAUUCCCAUAUGUAAUUAUGUUGGUUUGAAUAAGCCAACAUACUAUUAUUCUGCACACUUGAUUUAGGGUUUUUCCAAAAUCCCUAAACCAAGACUGAAAUUAUAAAUUGUAACUCAUCCAAGAGCUUUCUACAUCCACCAAACACAUAACAGACCUUCAGACUGUUCUGACGUGGAUUGUUAUGUCUUGUUUAUCGAACGUACGGUUUUCCAUUAAUGGACAACCAAAUAAUCCUAAAAACUCCCACUGAUUGAAUGUUCAAAUGGCCCAAGACUCUAGGUGCAUCCCAAACCACACACUUCUGCACUAGCCUACAUCAUUUGGUAUCAACCAUCAAAAUGGAAUGUGGAAUGUUCUACACUUCGUGCACUCAGCAGUAGCAGUUUACCAUGCCUAGCAGAAGGGGUAGAGUAACCUGGCUACGUUGCUGGUCUGACAAAACAAUUGUAAAUAAUAAUGAAUAUAGUAACUAGCAAAACUGCAGUGAAGACAGCAACUAAUGUAUGUAAAUGUUUUUCCAUCACACCACGCUGUGUGGACAUAUACAUUGUUUGAGACACAAGUUGAACUGAGGAUGGCUAAUAUGCUAACAACAUGCUAGUCUUUAAAACUUAACUUCAUCAACUGUUAAACUGCAAAUGCUUCUGUGAAAUUUAGUGUUCCAUUUGAAACGAUAAUACAUUUUUUAAAUUCAUACACAGCAUGGCUGAUUGCAUGGUUUAUACAGUAAGUGCAUAGUCAUUUGGGACAGCUUCUGUGUGUCUAUCUAGCUAGCUAGCUAACAAUCUAGCUGUGUCCCAAACAACACACUAUGCACUUUUAAAAUAUACUAUGCACUCAGCCAUGUAGUGUAUUCAUUUGUUAAUUAAGUGCAGUAUCGUCCUAAAUGGAGGACGUCAUUUAACAGCUGAUGGAAGUGACGUUUCAAAUCCAAGCAUUGUGUUACCGCUAGUUUUAUCAUGCUAUCCACCCUCAUUAGUUCAACACUUAUAUCUCAAUAUACAUAUUCACACCAUAUGGUAUGAUGGUAACUCACCUUUGUAAGGUGCUGUCUUCACAGAAGUUUCGCUAGUUGUCAUAUUCUCCGUUAUUAACUAUUGUUUUGCCAGAUCCCCAUCAACUAUGUAUGUCAAGCUGCGUGCGCACGAAGUGUCCAACAUUUCACACACUGUUUUGAUGGUUGAAAAAGUGCAUCAUCCAGAUACUCGUAGCACACUUCUUUUUGUUGCAUUUUCGGUGUAAACAUACGACUCGCACUUCUUUUCAAAAUGACGUAAAAUAGUGCAGAAGUAUACGGUUUGGGAUGCAACUUCUUGCUAGCAAUCUAUUCACGUAGCUAUUUAUCUAUCUAUCUAUUUAUCUAUCUAGCUACAUUCUAACAACUAGCUAGAACAUUAUAGCAAUGCCAAACACCUGGCCAGAAUCCACUAGCAAUCAGCUAGAACAGCCUAGCAAUGCCUAGCAACCACCCAGAACACCUUAGCAACCAUUUAUUUAUUGUACUGUCUGUCUGACUUUCUGUCUUUGUCUCGGACUGUUAGACCUGUAUAACCUUUAAAAUUCUAACUUUUUCAAACUAUUUUGGCUUUGUCAAGCCAACAUUAAUGUUUGUCUUGACAAACUGUACAAACCAUUUACAACACUGGGUGGCAUUUAUGUGCAAUCCUCUUAAACAAACAGUAAUUCCGACAUGACUUGAAAGCAGCAAUGAAUCUUUUAUUAUAGGGGACGAUAAAUGUUGGAGUUCUCGCUCUCUCCCCUUUUCAAGCCAUUGCUGCAUUAUUACUUUUUUAAAUUGUGAUUUAGAUUUUUACCUUUGUAUGUGCCUACUAUCAAAUGUGUUCAUUUCAGAGCUAUUCAGAACCUAAAUCACUGGAUAGAACAAAAUAUGUCAUUUAAAAAGAAAAGUUAAAAAAAAAGAAAAAAGUAUUUGGUGGCUUUGCGAUUAUCAUAGGCCUCUACUAAGAUUUAAGUGAGAUGCACAAAAAAGAAAACUCUAACAUUGGCGAUGACUGGUUUCCAUGGUGAUCAUCCCUCACAUCUGGUUGCCAUGGAGUCAGACACAGCAAUGUGUGUUUUAAGUUGUGACCUCAGCACUUCUUUUCCCACAGCCUCUUAUAAGGUCUAAAAAGGGAAUAAACAAUGGAGCAGCCGGCUUUGUUCAGGAGCCAAUUCGAGGAAAGCCCCACCACAAACACAUGCUAGGGGUCAGUUUACACAUCAGAAGAUAUCGCCUACCGACAGAGAGGGUUCUAAGACUUCUCAGCUGCUUAUAUAAAAGCCCUUCUGUGACUGGUGUACAGAUGUGGUUAAUAAUAUUUGUGCAUGUUUUGCAUCAAUGUUGUUGCUAAUAUCAGUUUUUGUGGCUGGAAUAUUUUCUCAGCACUCAAACAAGAGACUAAAAGACACCCCAGUAGACGUAGAAGGCAAAAAGUAAAAUACUAUUAACAGACAACAGCCUAAUUUUGUUACUUGUUUGCUGUAGAAAUAAAUCCUUCGUACCAUUUUCAAGGGUUGAGCAGGUGUGUUCAGUAAGGCAUGCUGUUGUGAUUUUGAUAAUGACAGACUUGGAGCCCCAUACAAUGGAUAUUUGUUCGCCCCCUAGUGUUUGGUGAAAGCAAGUGUUUAGCAUAGAGUUGAAGAAAUAGGUCACGCAAAAAUUAAAAUUCUGUCACCAUUUGAACGUAUGCAAAUGCAAAUGGGAUUUGAGAGCUCUGGCGUAGGGGAAGAUUUUUUUUGUAAAUUAUAAAGACUUCAAGUUCAGCCUGUUCCUCACAUAAAGCUUUCAUAUGUCUUCAGAAGACUUGGAAUAUACCGCACAAGUUGAUUUAGGACUACAUUUAAGCUACUUGUAUGGUGCUGUAACAGUUCAAGGAUGGACAAGGAGGAGGCGGGAACCAGCUGAAAAGUAAACAAAGUUUUAAUGUAAUACUUAAAACAAACAAACACAGACACACAUGCAAUACAGUCGUGUGAGUCUCUCUCUCUCUAACUGGCGUCUCCGGCUCCCCUUUAUCUCGCUCUCCCACUGAUCAGCUGAUUCAGUGCCGGCCGUGCAGCCUCACAGGUGCUAUUUGUACUUUUUUGAGGUUGACCGCAUUUCUCCCCAUUUAUUUAAUUGCAUGGAAAAGAGCCUAAAAAACAUUUUUCAAAACAUCCCUUUUGUUUUACAUUAAAGAAAAUCAUAUAGGUUAGGAAUGACUUAAGGGUGAGUAAAUUACAGAAUUUAAAUUUUUGGGUGAACUUUACCUUUAAAAACCAGACUCUGUUGUUUUAUAACUCUAAUUAUCAGGAGAGUAUUGUAGUUAUUGUAUAACGCUUUGUUUUUCGCAACAUUUUCUACUAAUCAAGUUUUAUUUUGUUUAAUCAAAUUUCCUAAAUAGCACUAACACUAUGUCUCAGCUAUCGUAUGUACAGUCAGUGCUUGGGUCUUAUUUUAAGUUUGGCUGCAGUGUUUGUUGGUGUAAUUGGUACUGUAAAAACUGACAGGUGGGGGGAUCAGGGGUAAAUAAAAA